AUGGCUGCAGAGAGCAAGCCAGCACUUUUCCUUUUGAAGCGUGGCCCGAGGUGCCCUAUCCCUCUCACUUCGCCUGCGCAGGAUCUCAGAGAGGCCAUUGCCAAGAACGAGGAGCUCGCAGCCAAUCUUUCCGAGUCUGACAAAUCCCUCCAUGAGGCGAUCAAGGAUGUCGUGGUGUUGUCCAUUAAUCUCAACGAGAUAUCCAAGCGCCUGACCUUUAACAAUAACGGCAACAAAGAAGGCAACAGAGACCAAGUCGUCGCCUCCCAGAUCAGCCCCGAUGAGCUGGUGAACCUCAAGAAAGAGAUCCACGCCGAGGUCCAGACCUUGGUGCGCACCGAGGUUUCCCAACUCAAGCACGACCAUGCUGCUGAGAUGGGCACCAUGGCUUCCCAGGCGGCCCAUUUUGAGGCAUCACUGAGUUCAGCCUUCUGCUCUAGAGAUUUUCAUAACACUCGGCUGAACAGAAUCGAGGGCAAGCUUAAUGAAAUUAACCUCCUUGACUUCCCAGCCAAGAUACGUGGUCUUGAGGCCGAGCUGAAGGCUGUUCGCGAUGAGCUGAGGGAGUUGAAGGAAAAGCAACUGCCCAAGGAUGCGGAUGGCAUGUGCCCAAGUCACACCGAAGCCUAG